AUGUCCGACGAAGAGACGCUCACGACGGCAUGCUGCGCGCCGCUCACUUCACUCAAUAAACCCAUCGAAGUCAGCGAACUAGGGCACCUGUGGCUAACAGACAAACACUCUAGGCCCAAUGAAUCAAACGCUUUCUUCCAGUGGCCGCUCCCAGGACCCCUCCUAUUCAUCAACGAAAGCAGCGAUGCGCGAGACCACUGCGCCAACGAAAGAACCUUCCUCUCGUACCUCCGCCUAUCCAUAUACAUGGCCAUCGUCUCCGUCGCAAUCACCGUCUCGUUCCACAUCAACCGCACGCCCAGCGAGCUCGAGCGCCAGGUGGCCAAGCCGCUGGGGGCCGUCUUUUGGGUCCUGUCCGUUGUGACGUUGGCUUUGGGGGCGGGGAACUAUAUAAGAACUGUCAAUCUAUAUGGUCGUAGGGCGGCCAUUGUGCAGUCCGGCUGGAAGACACAAAUCGUGUUGGGCAUAAUAGCCACUUCAAUCAUUGGAACGUGCAUCAUACUCCUAGUGAUAGACAAAGUACGCCAAAGAUGAG